AGAGAAGUUUUAUACCAUUACAAUAUGAACUUACGAAUUCACUAAACCAAUAAUAACUUCAGUCAUUAAGUAUUUUAUGCAAACCACAGUCUAAAUCACAUUGUUUCAGCCACGUUAAUGUCUACAACCUGGUUUGAAUGCACAAUAAUAGCAGAAUUUUCAUAGAUUAUUUAUCAACUGGGAGAGGAGUAUUCAGUACUACAAACCAGUUUCAAGAUACACUGCCUUCUUGAAUAAAAACACACUACCAUUAAUGUCUAGAAUUGGUCAAGGUAUACAAAUUUCAAUCUCAUGGAUUCCGCAAAAAAAUGGGGAAUAUCCAUCCAAUGCUAUUUUUGUUGAUAAGGAUGUUUUUGUGGCACGGUGUAAACAUGGAGAUGAAUAUAUUCCUGGAAAACUUAUACCUGAAAAUAAGAAGUGUUACUGCCCAUACGAUGGUAGAGAACUGUCGUUUUCAAAAUAUGAAGUAUUGUGUGAUACAUCAGUCGAUCCGUACAUUAAAGGAUAUGAGUGGGUGAAGUGCACUGGUGAUGAGUAUCCAGCAGAUGCUAUUUUAGCUGGAGUAACCAAAGAUGGGAAGUCAGUUUUUAUUGCCAGGGGAAUAGUUCAGGAAGAUGUGUGUUCUGGAAAGGCUGUUGAAGGUCACAAGUGCGCCUAUAUGUCAUGGGGUGGAACAGAGUAUACAGUAGAUGAAUUUGAAAUACUUGUAUGGAAGUUAAAUGGCACUAAAUAGUUUCAUUCUCUUGUGAAAUACAAUUUUCAUCCACG